UUUUUCUUCUCAAUCUCUUCAUAUAAGCUAUAUAGGGCUCAUUAUUUUAGCUAAACAAUGGAAAAAAUUGAAGUUGAAAUUAUUUCUAGAGAAAACAUUAGACCUUCUUCCCCCACACUCUCUCCCUUAAGAACCUUCAAAUACUCCAUUUUAGAUCAACUUGUUCCCUUUCCUCAUGCAGUAGCCAUCCUAUUCUACACCUCACAAAAUUUGUCUGAAUUCCCAAAGAGAUUAGAGUUGCUUAAACAAUCAUUAUCUGAAACACUAACACUAUUUUAUCCUCUUGCUGGAAAGACCAAAGAUGAUUUCUCCAUUGAUUGCAAUGAUGAAGGUGCUAACUUUGUAGUAGCAAAAGUGAAUUGUCCUAUUUCAAAGUUUCUAAGGAAGCCUGAUUUGAAUUCGCUGAACAUGCUUUUUCCAAUUACUCCAUACUUGGAGGAAACAACGACAGGAGCUCAUGUGACUAACAUUCAAGUUAAUGUCUUUGAUUGUGGUGGAAUUGCAAUUGGAUUUUGCAUUUCUCAUAAGAUCAUUGAUGGUGAAUCAGUUAACACCUUCCUGAAGGUGUGGACAGAAAGAGCCGACACCACACGCAAUUCAAAACCUUUGACAGAACCAAACUUUGCUACAAGUUCGUAUUUCCCGACAAGUACUUUUUAUUUCAGAGACUUGUCAAAGAAAAGCUGGGGUUCCCUUCUUAAGGAAGAAAAAUGGGUCACAAGGAGGAUUUUGUUCAAAAAUUCAACUAUUGCCACCCUCAAGGCUCAAAUAGUGGCAAAAUCUUCAACUACACGUGUUCAGAUACUUUCUGCAUUGUUGUGGAAGUGUUUCAUGGCCGCUUCAAAGGCUCAAUUUGGAAUUCAAAGGCCUUCUAUGGUGAUUAACACAGUGAACCUUCGCCGAAAAAUGGAAGAGUCUCUACAUCCUGAGAAUUCUAUAGGAAAUUUUUUGUGGUUUACAACUUCAGAACACAUGAGUGAGCAUGAGGUGAGUUUGGAUGAGUUGGUGAGCAAACUGAAGAAGUCAGUUGAAGAAGUUGAUAAGGAUUUUAUUGCAAGAUUGCAAAGUGAAAAGGAGGGGAGUUCAAUCAUGGAAAAUGCUCUAAGAAGAAUUAGUGGUGAAACAUGGUCUAAUAAUAAAGGUGACGAGGCAUUAUUGGAAAGUUUAGCUUUUAAUAGUUGGAUUAACUUUGGAGGCUAUGAUGCUGAUUUUGGAUGGGGAAAACCUAGAUGGGCGAGUAGUGUUGGUAAAGAAGGUAAUUUACUGUUACUGAAUAAGAUAAUUUUGGUUGAUACUAACUCCAAAGAUGGUAUAGAAGCUUGGGUUACCUUGGAAGAGGAGAAAAUGAAGCAUUUGGUUUCAAGCACUGAAUUACUCACUUAUGCAACUCUUGAUCCAAGCCCUUUGCCAGAUAGCUCAAAAUUAUAGGCUUGAAUCGAUUCAUUCUCUUCUUUAUCAUUAGCCAUUAAAUAAAAUGUGGAACAUAUAUAUAUAUGAUAGGACCACCACAUCUUAUUCAUAAUGGAAGAGAACGAAUUGACUAAGUCACGUUUGUACUAAGGAGAAAAUAUUAUGGUGUGUUUUAUAUUUUGAGGAGUGCUAGGGCCAGUAACUUUUGGUAUUUGUAGCCAUCAAAUAGCCAUCAAUGAUGGUUUUAAUGGUGUGAGAUUGGUGUGAGAUUUCAUCCAAUGGCUCACUUUUUCUUGUUGGUUACAUGCUGGCCAGAAUUUAAAAAAGUUGAUGGCCCUAGACUUUUCCAUAUAUUUUAGUCAAAACUUCUUGUAAUUCUCACAAUAAGAUGGGGUCAUGAUUAUUAUAUUAUGCUCCAUCUUUUAUAUACAGGAAGGAAAAAAUGAAUCAAUU